AUGGCUGCUGAAUUUACUGAUGAGUCGCAACAUGUUUCUCGAUUCUCUGAUUUUACUUCAGAACCAAGACGAAUGCUUUCACCUAUCCUAGGCUAUGAGAAAGAGCCUCUUGUUUCUCUGGAAGAAGCCAUUCAUCCUCUCAUUUUACUUGUUCCUGAAGUUGAACGCAUGGUUUGGACAGUAAAACAAAAUCAUUUCGAUGGUGCACACGGUUUAACUGACGAUGAAGCAGCGUCGAUUAUACUUUAUACCAUGGAAUGGGAACCAAAACAUAACUCGUUUUAUAUCAUUUUUAACAAUACUUUACAAGCAGCUAACCGACAAUUACUGAAACCAUGGUUUCUUUAUCUUCGUCUCAUUAUGACGUCUUUAGCCAAACUUCCAUCAGACUCUGAUCAACUUACUGUGUAUCGUGGAGUCAAACUUGAUUUAAGUACACAAUAUCAGAAAGGAAGUACAGUCACUUGGUGGGGUUUUUCAUCUUGCACAAGGUCUAUCGAUGUUUUAGACAACGAAAAAUAUUUGGGGCAAAGUGGAACAAGAACAUUAUUUAUCAUUGACUGCUCUUCUGCCAAAAGUAUAAAACAAUAUUCACUUUUUCCAGAAGAAGAAGAAGAAGUACUGCUUCCUCCAGCUCGACAAUUUCAAGUGAUCGAUUCUCGUAAUUCAGCCAACGGCCUUCACAUUAUACAACUCAAAGAAAUCCAACCCGAAUUUCCACUCAUUAAUCCUGUACCACAAUCUUCAACACUUCAAGAUCCACCAAUACCGGUUAAACCCCCUAAAUGUAAUGAUCCCAAUUUACAGAAGUACAUUGACGCAAUGUAUCUUGACCAGGUACUUACUAUAUUCAAACAAACUUCUCCUCAGCAACCAUACAACCCUGAAUCAAACUUCUCCCAAUCUUAA